CUAUUUCCGUUAGAACUGCACCUUUUUCUUGAAAAGAAAGAAGAGUAUAAGGAACUCGAAAGGAAGAGAAGAGGGAGGAGUAAGAAGGGAGAAAUGGUGAAUUUGCAGAAGGGUUUUCCUCUGUUUAUUCAGCAAUACAAAGCUCUUUUGAAGAAGAAUUUCCUCCUCGCAUGGAGGAACAGGAGAUCUACGUUUAUGCAACUCUUCUCUUCCAUCUUCUUCAUCUUUCUUAUCUUCGUCAUCGAUAGAGCCGUUAGAAAUCGUUUCUCUUCUACGACUAAUUAUGAAAACGUCUUUGAUCCCAAGUCCCUUGUCUCUCCCCCAAUUCCUCCCUGCGAGGACAAGUUCUUCAUUAAGACUCCGUGCUACGAUUUAGUUUGGAGUGGGAACAGUAGCUCCAGGAUCCGAACAAUUGUGUCGAACAUCAUGGCUAAUAAUCCAGGAAGACCUAUUCCUUCAACUAGGGUUAAAUCAUUUGGAACACCUGAAGAAGUCGAUGAUUGGCUUUUCAGUGAACCUAUGCGUUGCCCAGGAGCUCUGCAUUUCGUUGAAGAGAAUUCUACUGUAAUAAGCUAUGGUAUUCAAACAAACUCGACCGCUGUACAAAAGCGAGGGCACUUUGAGGACCCUACUUUUAAAUUUCAAAUACCACUCCAAAUCGCUGCAGAACGUGAAAUUGCUAGGUCUUUGAUUGGAGAUCCAAAUUUUAGCUGGGUCGUCAGCCUCAAGGAAUUUGCGCAUCCUGCCAUAGAUAACUUCUCUGCCAUGGGGACUAUAGGACCAACAUUUUGCCUUGCGAUUGCGAUGUUUGGUUUUGUCUUCCAAAUUAGUUCUCUGGUUACAGAGAAAGAACUCAAACUUCGCCAGGCAAUGUCUAUAAUGGGUCUCUAUGAAUCUGCAUAUUGGCUUUCGUGGCUCACUUGGGAGUCCUUGAUCACACUUCUCUCAUCACUAUUCACUGUUCUCUUUGGCAUGAUGUUCCAGUUCACCUUUUUCUUGCACAAUAGUUUUGCAGUUGUGUUCCUUGUGUUCUUUCUUUUCCAAUUCAAUAUGGUUGCUUUCGCCUUCAUGCUGUCGGCUUUCCUUACUAAGGCAGAGUCAUCUACAACUGUGGGUUUCUCCAUAUUUAUCGUUGGCUUCCUGACCCAGCUUGUUACAACAUUUGGAUUUCCCUACGGUGGUUCCUAUAGUGUAGUAUACAGGGUCAUUUGGUCUUUAUUCCCACCUAAUCUUCUGGCCAAAGCUCUUGAUUUGCUUUCAAAUGCUACAAACACUUCUGAAGACAGCGGGAUCAGCUGGAGUGGACGAGCAAAGUGUCCACCAACAACGCCAAAUUGUGUGUUGACUAUCGAUGGUGUAUAUAGAUGGCUUUUGUCAACAUUCUUUCUGUGGUUUCUCUUGGCUAUCUACUUCGACAAUAUAAUCCCAAAUUCAUCAGGGGUGAGGAAAUCAUUAUUUUAUUUCCUCAAGCCUGGGUACUGGAUAGGAAAAGAUGGAGACAAGGUUAAAGAGGGUGGCAUUUGUAGUUGCACUAGUUCAACUCCACCAGUGGACCAUGUUACUCAGGAGGAUCAAGAUGUUCUUGAAGAGGAAAAUAUUGUAAAGCAACAAGUCAAUGAAGGUGAAGUUGAUCCUAAUGUUGCAGUUCAGUUACGCGGUCUUGCAAAGACAUAUCCUGGGACAACAAAUAUGGGUUGCUGUAAAUGCAAAAAGACUCCACCUUACCAUGCUGUUAAGGGUUUAUCGGUAAACCUUGCAAAAGAUCAACUAUUUUGUCUUCUUGGACCGAAUGGGGCUGGAAAAACUACUGCGAUCAAUUGUUUAACAGGCAUCACACCAGUGACAGGCGGAGAUGCACUGAUCUAUGGAUAUUCCAUUCGGAGUGGUGCUGGUAUGUCAAGUAUCCGAAAACUAAUAGGAGUUUGUCCUCAGUUUGACAUUCUUUGGGAUGCCUUAACCGGUGAAGAGCACCUCCAUCUCUUUGCUAACAUCAAAGGCCUGCCCCCUAAUUCAAUCAAGUCGGUUGUUCAGGAGUCGUUAACACACGUUAAACUUACUCAAGCAGCCAAACUGAGAGCUGGGAGUUAUAGUGGAGGAAUGAAGCGCCGGGUUAGUGUUGCAAUAGCCCUCAUUGGUGAUCCAAAAUUGGUCAUCUUGGAUGAGCCGACAACUGGCAUGGAUCCAAUCACAAGGAGGCAUGUAUGGGAUAUCAUAGAGGAUGCAAAGAAAGGUCGGUCCAUUGUCCUAACAACUCACUCAAUGGAGGAAGCUGACAUUUUAAGUGACCGCAUAGCUAUCAUGGCAAAAGGCAGGCUCCGUUGCAUAGGUACCUCAAUCAGAUUGAAGUCCCGGUUUGGAACAGGUUUUGUUGCUAACGUGAGCUUCCUUGGGAGUAAUCCUGGGCAAACUCCUAAUGCUAACGAGGACGCUGUUGAUAUGACCGAACCUCAUUGUGAAGAUGUGAAGAAUUUUUUCAAACAUCAUUUGAAUGUGGUGCCCAAAGAGGAGAACAAGGCCUUCCUGACUUUCGUUAUUCCUCAUGAAAAAGAAAACUUGUUGGGAAGUUUCUUUGCAGAGCUUCAAGAAAGAGAAAGAGAAUUUGGCAUAUCAGACAUCCAACUUGGCCUUACAACUCUCGAAGAAGUGUUUUUGAAUAUAGCCAAGCAGGCAGAACUAGAAAGUGCUAUUGCUGAAGGGGCCUUGAUAACUCUGACAUUAACAUCUGGAACCUCACUUGAGAUACCCAUUGGAGCAAGAUUUAUUGGGAUCCCUGGUACCGAGUCCGCAGCAAAUCCUAGUGGUCUCAUGGUUGAAGUAUACUGGGAACAGGAUGAUUCGGGCAGACUCUGCAUUUCUGGUCACUCACCUGAAACUUCUAUACCACCAAACGUUCAACCUAUGGGUUCUUCUGCAGGCACUACCCAUGCAACUUUUGGACGAACCGGACGAACCGGACACAUACAUGGAUUUGUGAUUGAUGAAAAUCAAAUUGAAGGCAAUCAAAGGACCUGAAAGGAUGCCCAAACCGAUUCUAUGGUUGACUGAAGCAGUUAUGUAAAAUACAUUGUUGA